ACUUCCUCUGCGGAGAGUGCUGGCUCCGGGCACGGUCGGGUCGGGUCGGCGGUGGCGGGGAGCGGCGCGGCGGAACGAUGAGCGACAGCGGGGAGCAGAACUACGGCGAGCGGGUAAUACACGGAGCCUGAGUGCGCUGCCUGGCCGCCCCCCCCUCCCCCUUUCACCUUCCUCCGCCCCGCUCCGGGGCUGCGGCGCGGCGGGUGAGGAGGCUCCGGCGGAGGUUAAUGUUGAAGAAGGAAAAUGCGGAAGUCGCCAUUUGACAAGUUUUAUAAAUGAGAAUUAUUUGAAGCUCAGGAAUAAGUGAAGCUGAAAUUUGAAAAAAAAGAAAGUGAAUGCAUGCUAAUUAUCAGACCAGAAGUCCCACUUGUAGAAUAUUGAGCAAUUUGUGUGAAGUGGGGAAGAUGAAAGAAGUCAGAAUUUGAAACGGAAGAAUGAAGAAAAGGAAUAAAAAUGAAGUUAAGAUAAGAAGUAAUCUGGAAUCUGAAAGCACUACGCUAAGAAUCCCGUUCUGCUUCCAGAAGCGGAAGCGCUCAUGGCUCUGGCAAGUCGGGGCGGCACACCCCUGCAAGAUCGCGCUCUAAGGAGGAUUCCAGGCGCUCCAGGUCAAAAUCUAGAUCCAGGUCUGAAUCCAGAUCUAGAUCAAGGAGGAGUUCCCGUAGACACUACACAAGGUCCCGCUCUCGGUCCCGCUCGCAUAGGAGAUCCAGAAGUAGGUCUUACAGUCGGGAUUAUCGGCGACGACACAGUCACAGCCAUUCACCCAUGUCUACUCGCAGACGUCACAUUGGAAACAGGGCAAAUCCUGACCCCAAUUGUUGUCUCGGCGUGUUUGGAUUGAGUCUGUACACCACAGAAAGAGAUCUGAGAGAAGUUUUCUCCAAGUAUGGUCCAAUUGCUGAUGUUUCCAUCGUGUACGAUCAGCAGUCUCGGCGUUCAAGAGGAUUCGCGUUUGUGUACUUCGAAAACGUUGAGGAUGCUAAGGAAGCAAAGGAACGUGCCAAUGGAAUGGAGCUGGAUGGCAGGAGGAUCCGGGUAGACUUCUCCAUCACAAAAAGACCUCACACACCCACUCCUGGAAUCUAUAUGGGAAGACCCACUUACGGCAGCUCACGAAGACGAGAUUACUACGACAGAGGGUACGACAGAGGUUAUGAUGAUCGUGACUAUUACAGCAGAUCAUACAGAGGAGGCGGCGGUGGUGGAGGAGGAGGAUGGAGAGCUGUUCAAGAAAGGGAUCAGUUUUACAGGAGGAGAUCCCCGUCCCCGUACUACAGCCGAGGGGGCUACAGAUCCCGAUCCAGAUCUCGAUCCUAUUCACCUCGUCGCUAUUAAAGCAUGACAUGUAGAGGAAUUCCUAGCUACAGCCUUUGAGUUGAAAUUGCAAGUUUGUGGACAAUAUUUUUAUUGUCUCUUCUGUUGAAACAAGUGAACAGUGCCUAGCGAAUAGGUGACUUUUACACCUUUUAUGAAGACUACUUCUGUGACGUUCAAUGCUGUUUCAUUCUGCGUAUUUGUGUAGUUUGGUGCUUUGUUUCUGGUUGUGUUUGGAGAGGAGUAUGUUUUGCAUGUAUUUUUUUAGUCUCAAUUUUGACUCCUGAAAGGUUUUUAUUGUAAAGACAGAACUGUUCAGUUAGGUUUUUUCUACUGAUUCCAAUGUAUCCUGAAGAUCAAAACCUGUGUAAAAUGCUUUCAAAAAGUGAAAAAUAAAAUAAAAAGAAGUUUG